AUGGAAGUGGAUGCCGGCGGUGGUACCGUCGACUUGAGCGCCUACGCGCAGGUGCGGAAGGGGGCUGACGUGUCCUACACCGAGAUCACCCCGGCGCAAUGCCUCUUCAAGGGCGCAAUCAUGGUGAAGCGCAACGCGCAAGCCUAUGUCGAAGCGCGCUUGCGAAACUCUAAGUACUCUGAGCGCACAGAAGACAUCGUCGACGCCUUCGACAAGUCGACCAAGCUCACGUUCAAGAACGCUAAGACCCCCUCGUACGUCAAGUUUGGCGGAAUAAGCGACAACGACGCUGCGUACGACGUUAAAAGUGGAAAGCUGGUCAUACAGGGGUCGGAGGUCGCCAAGUUCUUCCUGCCGACCAUCACCUCGAUCUCGCAAGCGGUAUUGAAGCAGAGAAAGCAAGCGAAGUCGGGGAUAUCGUCCAUCUUUCUUGUUGGCGGCUUCGCCGCGUCGUCGUUCCUGUACAGUCAACUGCGCGACUCCCUGGCGCCACUUGGCUUGGAUGUGAACAAGGCCGUCGCCGAUGGAGGUGUACUCUACGUCGUCGAUCACCACGUCUCGGCACGCGUCGCCAGAUUUACGUACGGCACGGAUGGUGCGCGUGCGUAUCAGAAGAAGGACAAGGAGCAUAGGAAACGACAUCAAAAGGCAUACUUUGGCACAGACGGCGUCAAGCGCGUCGCCGACUGCUUUUUCCCUAUUGUCGACGUGGGAACUCAAGUGACGGAAACGCAGGACUUCAAAGUGCCGUUCAUGCAGCUGCACGAUCAGUUGGGGCCCUUUCAACGAUACACGAUCAGCGCGCCCAUCCAAGUCUAUCGAGGCGAGAUGCAUCAUCCUCUCUGGACGGACGUUGACAGCAAUAAUUUUAGUGUUCUCUGCACAGUAAACGCAGAUGUGACUAGCGCGGUGGUCAGGCUGCCUCCUCGCCGCGCGGCGGAUGGGCAUAUCUACUAUCAACUCAACUACGAUGUUGUCCUACUCUUCGGCUUGACAGAGCUGAAGGCGCAACUCCGAUGGCUCGAGAACGGUGUCGAACGACGCACUCACGCCGAGGUGGUCUACGGCGAUGCCUGA